AACCAUAUAAACAACUAGACCACCCAUAAUUCCAUUUUCUAUGAUUUAUUGUAAGAGAAUAAGCAAAGCAAAGCAGAGGGCACGGGAGUUCAUUCUUUAUCUUUGAUCUCCAGAAAUGUAGCAAACCUUACUGCUUUCCCUUACAAACCAUAGUAAGCAAAUAAUGGAGAAGCACGUACAGAAUUUUCUCAACAAGCUAUCCUAUGUCUUCAUAGCCAUAGCCUCGGUCACCCUUCUUUUUCUCUUCCUCCAAAUCCCCGACACCUGCGUCCUACACUCCUCCGCCAAAACCCACCUCAGAUUCCCCAGAUCCUCCUGCGAUUACCCCUCACCGCGCGAAAUCGUCACCAUCGAGAAGAAGAAUAAGCGCCUCUGGUCCACCCGGUCUUGGCAAAACAAAGUCUCCUCCUUUGUCCAAUUCUUCCAACCAUUUCGAGAUCUGGGCCUUCUCCAUAACCACUCCAAAGUCCUUUGCGUCUCCGUCGGCGCCGGCCACGAGGUCAUGGGCCUGACCCAAAUGGGUGUCAUUGACGUCACCGGAACCGAGUUGGUGGACUCGCCGCCGCUGGUGAGUCGGGCCGACCCCCAUAACUUGCCGUUUUUUGAUAAUGUGUUCGAUUUGGCUUUCAGUGCCCACUUGGGCGAGGCGAUGUUCCCGUCGCGAUUCGUUUCGGAGAUGGAGAGGACAGUUCGGCCUGGUGGGGUUUCUGUGAUUGUCGUUGACGAAUGUGGGGAUGAGGAAACAAGCGAAAUUGUGGAUUUAUUUAAGAAUUCGAUAUUUGUUAAUGCCAUUAAUGUUACAUUGACUGGACUGAGAAUGACAAGCAUUGUUAUGAGGACCCAAAAAAUUCCAUCUUGAAUUUUUGGGUUCUUGUUGUUUGAUAUAUAUACAUGUAAAUACAUUGUUUUAUUUGUUUCGUUUGGGUUAUCUUAGAUGUUUGCUGAUGUUUAGAGUUUGAAAAUGAAUAUGUGUAAUUGGAUCAAGUUGUAACGUAUUGAUGGAGUUUCAGAAUUGGAGGUAUAAAAUUACGUGUCUGAAUUAACAGUUCCA